AUGAAAGUCCUCAGCCUCCUCUUGCCUCUCCUCCACUCGUGCUGGGCUUCGCAUCCACCCAGGGCUCAGGUCCCCCUGCUUGACAAUGACAAUGUCGAUCUGACCGACAGCAACCACUACUCCGGCAUCAGGACAUUCGCGAACUGCCCCAGCGCAAGGGACCCGAAUGGAGCAUCUACACUGGUACACUCCCCUCCCUCCCACACCGGACCUCCCUCGAUGCUAACAAGCCCCAAAGGCCGCAACCCCCUCGCCGCCUGGGCCACGGUAGUCGACUGCGGCGACGCCCACCUCACCUGGCUCGACAGCCGCGUCUCCCUCCAGCGCCUCGACAAGGCCCACGAGGUCCUCGCCGGCCGCCGCGCCGCCAACGCCUCCGUCUCGGCGACGCCGCGCAUCCUCACGCUCGGCGGCGACCACACCACGACCCUGUCCGCCCUGCGCUCGACCUCGGCCCGCUGGGGCCCCGUCUCCGUCAUCCAUUUUGACAGCCACAUCGACACCUGGGACCCGGCCGUCCUCGGCGGCGACAUAUCCGACUACGCCGCCCUCAACCACGGCACCUUCCUGCACGUGGCCCACGAGGAGCGCCUCAUCCUCAACUCGUCCGUCCACGCCGGCGUCCGCGCGCCGCUGGUGCGCCGAAAGGGCGAUCUCCGCAACGACGCGCGCUGCGGCUUCGCCGUGGUCACGGCGCGGGACAUUGACGCGCUCGGCGUCCAGGGCGUCGUUUCGAGGAUCCGCGAACGCGUUGGCGAUUCGUUGGUGUACAUCAGCGUCGAUAUCCAUGUCCUUGAUCCGGCCUUUGCGCCAGGGACAGGUACGGCUGAAUCUGGCGGCUGGUCUACGCGCGAGCUGCUGGCGAUCCUGGACGGGCUUGAGGGCUUGCCUGUUGUGGGUGCGGAUGUCGUUGAAGUGGCCCCGGCGUAUGACACGAAUGGCGAGAUUACCGUGCUUGCUGCUGCUGAGAUUGCGUACUCGCUGGUUGACCUCAUGGUAUUUCGGCCCGUGAAGUCCAAGGCGGAUAACGGGAAGUGA